CUUGGUCGAGGCAACAUCAUCGGCAUGGAUCUAAAGCAGGCACAGAGCAGGCUCAACCAAAUACUGAAAAGCCAUAAGCCAAACUAUUUGGGUGAACAUUUUCAGGACUUGUUGCGCAGCUCAGGCGAAACCUCGUACUUUAGUCCAAAGUUGACCAAAUGGCUCAAAGUCUUUCUGGUGAUCAUUGUGCUGCUGGUCAGUUUGAAGUACUAUCAAGAGGAGCUACAGGGAAAGAAUUGUGCCCUCUCCUUGCCGCGUCCCUUGCGUUAUGCUCUGCGACCACCCGAGAGCUGUGAGUUCUGUGUAAACAUCAAAAGUGUGCCACGUCUCCAAGAGAUUGGUCCGAAGGAGUUUGAGAGAAAAUAUGCAUACAGUGGAGCGCCUGUUAUUGUCAGCGAUGCGACACAAAAUUGGACAGCAAUAUCGCUCUUCGACUACUGGUACUUUCGUGAUGUCUAUGGCAAGGCGAUGCGUAAGCAGCGCAUAAGGGACUGUCAGUUUUUGCCCUACAAGACGGGAUUCGAGGACAUCUAUGAGGCAUUGGACAUGCCAGAGGAGCGAGUGGCACUGAAGGAGGGAGAGCAGCCGUGGUACUUUGGCUGGAGCAAUUGUCAUGCGGAAACGGCCGAGGAGUUUCGCAGGCACUACGGCAGACCCUAUUUCCUGCCUGAAAGCUCGGAGAAUAAUGCAGUUGAUUGGUUCUUCAUUGGCACAUCCGGACUGGGAGCACAAAUGCAUAUUGACAACGUGAGACUCCCGUCGUGGCAGGCGCAGCUGGCAGGCAGCAAGCGCUGGCUGCUGGUGCCCCCACCCGAGUGUUAUUUCCAAUGCCGCAGCUUCGAUGUGGUGGUGCGGCAGGGUGACAUUAUUGUCUUGGACACUAACAAAUGGUACCAUCAGACCUUUGUCCAGCCUGGAGCCAUCAGCCUAACCAUCGGAGCUGAAUAUGACUAGAGUCGACCGGCUUGUGGCGGAUUUUCCGCGCAACAGGAAACGGUCAGCCUCGACAUCUCCAUCUCGCGGAGGCUGUGGCCAAAACAAAACACGGACAACUGUGGCUCCAACUGUAACUGUUACAGUAACAAACUUAACUUUAACAUUGCAUAUUUUUGUCUCUCUAUGUGUUUGCCAGCCGGUUUGUUAAUUAAAUGCCAAAA